AUGUGUGACCGGGGGGACCGGGACCUCCCCCCCGGGGCCGGGCGGGGGGGCCCCAGCCCCCCCGGGGCCGGGCGGGGGGGCAGGUUUGUGGAGCUGGAGGCGGCCUGGAGGAUCCUCAGCGACCAAACGACCCGGAGGCAGUACGACCUGCAGAGGAGGGCUCAGGAGCUGAGGCAGGACGGGCCCGAGGACUCGGCCCAGGAGGUGGAGGAGGAGAGGCAGAGGGUCCAGCGGGAGGAGGAGGAAGAAGAGGAGGAGGAGGUAGAGGAAGAGGAGGAAGAGGCUGGGCGUCCUGGAGGCGUCCUGCCCCCCCGGGGCGGGGCGGGGGGGCAGGUUUGUGGAGCUGGAGGCGGCCUGGAGGAUCCUCAGCGACCAAACGACCCGGAGGCAGUACGACCUGCAGAGGAGGGCUGUCGCUGCGGGGGGAGAUUCAUCCUCCCGGAGGAGGAGGUGGAGGAGGAGAGGCAGAGGGUCCAGCGGGAGGAGGAGGAGGAGGAAGAGGAGGAGGAAGAGGAAGAGGAGGAGGAAGAGGAGGUUGGGCGGCCUGGAGGCGUCCUGGUGAGCUGCGAUACGUGUUCCCUCACCGUGUUUGUGCGCUGGCCAGAAGAUGGAAACACCUCAGAGGGGAAAUGA